UUAUGUGUUCUGCAACUGGCUUCUUUCUCCGAACAAUACAUCAUGGAUGUCUCUCUCCACGGAUGCCUCGAUUUGGUGAUUCUUUGUGCUCGGACCUGCGCGGCGUUCUAAGGAUCAGCCUUCUGUCUCCCUUUCUUCCACUCCGGCGGGCGCUUUGCAGUGGCCUGGCCCACAGGGAGGACCUGGCUGGUGGGCGGGGCCGGGGCCACUGGGGACAUGCAGAUGAGGGGGGCGGGGCCCUAUAUAAACCCGCGGGCCGCGUCGGGCUGGCUAGCCCUGCUGGAAGAGACGGGCAGCGGCACCGACCUAACCUGGUUCUCGAGUGCCGCGGAGGCUGGGCCGGGCUGGCCCCUCUGCUUCCCCGGACGCGGGCCAUGCCGCCGCGGGAGCUGAGCGAGGACGAGCCGCCCCCGUUGCGCACCCCAAGUCCGUCUCCGCAGCGGGGGAGCGCACCCCCGGAGCUGGGCAUCAAAUGUGUGCUGGUGGGCGACGGCGCGGUGGGCAAGAGCAGCCUCAUCGUCAGCUACACCUGCAACGGGUAUCCCGCGCGCUACCGGCCCACGGCUCUCGACACUUUCUCCGUGCAAGUCCUAGUGGAUGGAGCCCCGGUGCGCAUUGAGCUUUGGGACACCGCGGGACAGGAGGACUUUGACCGACUUCGCUCCCUCUGCUACCCGGACACCGAUGUGUUCCUGGCAUGCUUCAGUGUGGUGCAGCCCAGCUCCUUCCAGAACAUCACAGAGAAGUGGCUGCCCGAGAUCCGCACUCACAACCCCCAGGCACCUGUGCUGCUUGUGGGCACCCAGGCCGACCUGAGGGAUGACGUCAAUGUACUGAUUCAGCUGGAUCAGGGUGGCCGGGAAGGCCCAGUGCCCCAGCCCCAAGCCCAGGGUCUGGCCGAGAAGAUCCGAGCCUGCUGCUACCUUGAAUGCUCAGCGUUGACCCAGAAGAACUUGAAAGAGGUGUUUGACUCUGCCAUUCUCAGUGCUAUUGAGCACAAAGCCCGGCUGGAGAAGAAAUUGAAUGCCAAAGGUGUGCGCACCCUCUCCCGCUGUCGCUGGAAGAAGUUCUUCUGCUUUGUUUGAGGAGCUAGGGCAGGUGGCAAGCAAGUGGUAGCCAGGAGGCCACAGACUCCUUGAACCUGGGGCAUGGGGCCUUUGAGGGGUGUUACUGGCAGGGCCUGGCCACCCCAUGGGACUCAGUUCCCUACUGAACACUGGGGACAUGGGCUUCUGACUGCCCACUCUGAUAAGCCUGGUUGAGCCUGGGUCCUGGAAGAGGAAGGCUCUGGUUUAGAUUUCUUUGGCUCACAGAGAAAACCCAGCACUUUUGAUUUUCAUGGGAUGGCCUUAAAGAGUGUCAGCCAUCUCCGAGCAGUUUGGGAUCCAGUUCCCAGUUCCUUAUAUCAGUCCAUCUGAAUUAGGACACUUGGUUGUGGUCUUCACCCCCACUAGUACAGGUGAGCCUGGGGAACCACAGGUCACCUUAGGGGGCCAGAAGGUGAUCAACCUUGAUUCAGAGAGAAGUUUGGGAUGGAGUAAGACAAGGCCAAUGAGAGACAGAGAGGAGCAGACAUCCAGGCUGGAAGCUGUGGGAUGGGAGGCAGAUCAGAGGGCUGGACCUAGAAGGAGGAAGACAAGGAGAGUGGAACAGGUGGGGGGGGGCAGCUGUGGAGCAGGCUGACACCUGGGCUGCCCUCAGGUCCCACGACCCAGGAGGGCGGGGCUGGGCCCUGGGAAGAACUGGGUUUCAGGACUCCCUGGGUGCUGCCCAAACUGGCUAGGCCAGCAGUGGGGCAGGAAGUGAGAGUCAAUCCCAGCAAAGGGAGGGGGAGGAGCUGCAGACUAGAGCCUGGAGGAGAAAGGGGUGAGGGACAUCCCUUUCCCCAAGUUCAAGGUUCCCCAACCCUAGAAGGUAAAGCAGCACAGUCUGCAAAUAAAACCUUCCAUUUCUGAA